AGCCUCCAUUAUAUUCCUUUCCGCACCACACACAACUCAGUUGCACUUUCAUUGAAUUUCGAAUCUGUCACCUUCAUUCAAAUUGCAAUUGUGGUGAGCAAGUAGUGUAAUUUUGGGGGAUUAAUCGUACCCACUGUGAGUGGUAUCCCCAGGAGUGGUGGUAUCCUUUCGUGGGAUAGGCCGUGUAUUUGAGGACAAAUAAAUAAUUCGCAUGUGAUGGAAAAUCAUUGCAAAAUGUUGUGUAUAGAUUGUUAGUGUAAAAGUUUGAUUUUUGCACCCACAAAACCCUCCGUGCGAAAGGUCAAAAAGUGAGAUUAAAGAGUUCACAACAUCGGAGAUUUGCUUGCAAAUUUAACCAAAAAUUUAAAGCAAAAAGCCAUGAGGCAAGUACGUCGCGGCCGAAUCUUGCAUAUUGGGAUAUUGUUCUUGAUCUACUCAUGCCUGUAUGUGUACUCUGCAAAAAUUAAGUCAUCCACCGAGGAGGAAAUCAAUGAAGACCAAACAAGUCCACAAAUCGAACUCAAUAUGUCACCCAAUCCCACAUUCAACACUGACUUCUACACAACUAGCAAAGAGGAGAGUGACAUGGUUGAGCUAACAACCCGUGAGACACCGCACAUCACGCACCAUCAUGCUCACCCAACUUGGAGACCGAAACGCACGAAUUGCACCCCGCCGGCUAUUGAGCAAUUCCCACAGCCGCUUAUGGGGCCCAAUGCUAGGAAACAUGGUGGACUUGUUAUUCACGUCAUCGUGGCAAUUUUUACCUUCUUGGGACUCGCCAUCGUGUGUGAUGAUUACUUCGUCUCCAGCUUAGAUAGGAUUUGUGAAGAACUUAAACUAUCACCAGAUGUUGCUGGCGCCACAUUUAUGGCGGCUGGUAGUUCAGCUCCGGAACUGGCCACCGUUGUUAUUGGUGUCUUCUUCGCAAAGGAUGACAUUGGUGUUAGCGGAGUAAUAGGAUCUGCAGUCUUCAAUAUCAUGUUCGUUAUAUCCGUUUGUGCUCUUUGCUCAGGCACAGUGUGCCAACUAAACUGGUGGCCCCUCGUUCGAGAUUGCUUCUUCUAUUCCGUCUCAAUUCUCGUGAUGCUCAUUAUAAUUUUCAAUGAUGUCAUCUCAUGGGUUGAAGCACUGAUAAUGCUGAUAUUCUACGUCUUCUACUGCAUUGCACUACACUUCAAUACGGCCCUUGAACGUUGGGCGCAAACAUGGAAACUUCCAAUUAAACUUCCAACGCGCGAAGAGCAAUCUGCCCUUGUUACAUACAAAAAUAUCUCAGAUCCCACAUACACGCAAAAUGCCCAGGCAGUGACGAAUCUCUCGCAGGAGCCGCAGGAGCAACCGAAGCCCGAUGAGCAAUCCCAUAUAUAUGAUGCUAAUGCUAGUUGGGAUCCAAAUGCGGCAUGGGGUGAAGAAUCAACGGGCGGUGGUGGUACGUAUGGGACUGCAGCAACAACGACAACCGGAGGCUGGGAUGAUGCUGGACAACAAAGUGCCAAUUCUUGGGAUCCAAACAGUACAUGGGAACAAGGCGAAGGCCAACAGAAUUAUGGAUACAACCGCGACGGUGCAGAGCAGAAUAUGCAGGAAACGAAUAUAGGUGCCGAAGGUGGUGCAAAUGUAGGGAAUGUAGCGCAAACUCAACAGAUCACCAGCUACUACAAAUCAGCUGAGCCAAAGAACACUGAACCGAUAAACCCACUGGAAAAACCAACGACUGGAGGAACACCAGCCCUAAUAGCAUGGGGCAUUGUGUUUCCCAUCCACUACAUGUGCCGCCUAACCAUGCCCGAUUGCCGAUUGGAGAAAUAUCGAAAUUGGUAUCCAUUCACCUUCCUAAUAUCCAUGAUUUGGAUAUCAUUCUACUCCUACUUUAUGGUCUGGAUGAUUACCAUAAUUGGUGCAACGCUCGGUAUACCGGAUACAGUGAUGGGACUCACAUUUGUUGCAGCUGGUGUAUCCGUACCGGAUGCCCUUAGCUCAAUAGCCGUCAUCAAGGAAGGUUAUGGCGAUAUGGCUGUGUCCAAUGCAAUUGGUUCAAAUGUGUUCGACAUUCUUAUAUGUCUCGGUUUACCAUGGUUCAUCCAGACGGCUAUCAUCAAACCCGGAUCACACGUCAAUGUUAUAUCCAAAGGCCUGGCUUACUCGACACUAUCGCUUCUAUCCACGGUAAUAUUCCUACUUGUUGCAACUCAUCUCAAUGGCUGGAAACUGGACAAACGCUUGGGUAUUGUUCUCAUGGUUUGGUACUUGAUUUUCAUCACCCUCGCAUCCCUAUAUGAAUUGAAUGUUUUCGGACAGCUUAACCCACCCGAAUGUGCAAGCAAUUACUAAGGCAGCAUUAUAUAUUUUUUUGUGAUUGUAAAAUAAAUGCUUUAGCCUUUUUUAUUUAAAAAAAAAAUUAUGAAAGGAAAACUAAAAGAAAGGCAUACCUAUUAAAAUAAAUGUUUUAUGAUUAUGUUAUUAUCCUAUAAAAUAUUAAUCCCUAAACCGCAAUGUAAUGAGAGAGGGACUAUAAAAAAUUCGCGUUAACAUUUCCCACAUUAUAUGAAAUUGCAAUAAGUGAAAUCUUUCCUACAGCAACGGAUCUAAUUUAUUGCAAAAAUGAGUUUAAGUUUUAUUUUUGAAAAAAAAAAAUGAAAAAAAAAUCUCACUUUACGGCGGUCUAAGACAGUGAUUAUAAAUGUAAAGUAUAAAUAUAAGAGACCUCCUGGAGAAUGUAAAAAAAAUUAAAAAAAAAACUUAGAAUUGUUGCAAUAACAUUCACAUAGAAACGAACCAAACAGGAAAAAAAUAAUUGUUUUACUAUUUUUUUGCGAAAGAUAAAAAAACAUUUUUAUAAAUAAUGUUGUAGUGAGAGUGUAGGUCAAAUUUAUACCUCAAAAACAUCCCAUCUUUGUCCUCCUUCUUAGCUAAAUUAUAAUGUAUUUAUUCUGAUUUCCAAAAAAAUUGUUAACUUUAAAAGAAACAACUAAAAGAAAAAAAAACUUACACUGAAACUUAUGCAAAAUGCUAAUCUUGCAAAAUGCUUUAAAACUCUAAAGAGUAGACAUUCCAUUUUAGCUAGAAAACUCGUAAAAAAAUAUUACUUUUAGUUUUCAGAGAAUUUAUCAAAUUUAUCCAGAAAUGAAAAUGAUUUUCCUUUUAAUUACAAAAAUAUUACAGUCAGGUAUUGGUUAACGUCGCAUGGGAUAUACUCUUCUUACCUAUUAAUAAUAAUGAGUGGAAAGAGUAUAUCUGACUGUAACCUGAAAAACAGAGUUGAUUUAUGUUCACCAAUUAAAAUGUUUAUUUGUUUUUUUUUUUACAAAAUACAUUGGUGGCUCGCAAUAUCGUAUUUUUUUCUUGGAAAAACUUGUUGGAAAAUAAAAAUUAGUUCUGGGAAAAAGCUUCCCAGUAUACCUUCAAAGUUUGAUCCCAUAAUUAAAAAUAUAAAAAAAAAAUGCAAGACACCAAUGUACCAACAGAAAAACUUUAUUUUCUUAUUUUUCUUCAAGAGCACAAACUUUAAAAAAAAACGAAAAAAGAAAAUUUCUCUUUCAAAUAGCUGCUACAUUUUCUUCCAAAGUCAGUAUGACGUGUUACUAAUUAAUUAAAAUUCUAUACGUUAAAUAUAAUCAUGUUCUGAAUUUAUUUUACAUUUAUUUAACAAAUUAUAGAUUUUGUUGAAAUAUAUAAAUAUAUAACAAAAUAUACAUAGGCUGUAAAUAAAAUGAGAUUCACAAUAAUAUUUAAAAAAAAGAAAAUUGCGCAACACAAUACCAUAAUCCAAACAACAGUAAAUAAACAUAUUAGUCAUUACAAUGCAAAAAAAAAAACGUUCAAUUAAAAAAUACUCCAAUAAAUUUUCCUUUUAGUUUUCCACAGCAUAAAAAUUUCUCAUUUUGGAAGGUAUUUUCUUUUGUGUAUAAAAAAGCAAAUAAAAUUGGAAAAAUUAGGGUUUCCUAAAGUCGCAAAAGUAACAUUCAAUUAAGCUGAAGGUACUAAAAAUUAUUGAUUAAUAUAUUUACGUAUUUUACAUACAGUACAUCGAAAAAAAGAAAUUUCCAAAAAGAAAAUUAAAAAGAAGAAUAAUUGUGAUGGAAACAUCAAAAAUAAAAUAUUAUGUGCGGUGCCUGAGAAAUAGAAAAUUUCGUUGUCAUAUCCUGGCAAAGUAAUCCAAUGAGAAAAUAUUGAGCAAAAGAGAUUUUGAAAGGAGAAGAGAAGAAACUGUAUAGUUACUCAGAGUGUAAGCAAAAAAGAAAACCUUAUACAUGAAUUAAAAAUUAGCAAAUAUUGAGAAAAAAAAGAAAACUGUUCAAUUAUAUAGUAUCAAUUACAUACAUAUAUUGUUAUCAAUGUUGUGUAUACAUACUUAAUGACAGAAACCUCAUCUAAAAUAUUUAAAAGAAAAAGAAAAACUCAACCGCAAGAAUAUGACAAUUUUCCUUUAUAUACCUUAAGAGUGAUAGAGUCAAUUAUUUUUUUAAUUCAUUGCAAUUUGGUUAAAACAAUUAAUUAAGAUUUUGUUAAAACUCCAAACUUGGCGGGAGACUUGUCCAUUAAUUUUGCAAAAGUCAGGGUUACCAAAUUCGCUCUUUACUUGAACAAACACCCAUUCUUACAGCCCCAAAAGAAAAUUCUCCUGUAACUACAUACUUUCCAUAUACAUAUACCUACCCUUUGUACACAUACAUACACCAUCAUGGAAAUUGAACUCUUCCAAAAAUAGAAGUAUAAGCCCUAAGGGCGUAAAACGUCCGUAACCCUUAAAAGAAAGCUCCCCAAUCCCGAAAGUUAAAUAAAAAAAAUUGUGCUCCGUUAAAAGCUAUAUGAGAGUGAAUGUAAGAAAAAUUUCUCCAUUUUCAGUCAGCCUAAUUAUUAUGUACUCUCUCUAGUAAUGUUUAUGUCAAUGUCUUGUAUUUUAUGAAUUUAAAAAAAAAAUGGAAGAAAAAAAAAGUAUAUCUCAGAGACAAUAAUUUUCAAAUAAGAGUUCUAGUUAUUUCAUUCUUAUUAGAUAAAAUCUAAAUUUUCUGAAAAUUUAAUGUUCACAUUGUUUAUUAAUCCCCACAUAAGAGAAAAAUCUAUCUAUUCCUGAAUCUCUCAAAUAAAUGAUUCAUUUGUGUUCAGAUUGUAUAAAAAAAAUUACCAUAAUGUCAAUGAGCAUGAACUGUUACGUUAAAAUAAAAUA